UUUCUAGUUCUGAUCAUUGUAGUUUACCUAAUAUGUCCAAUGACGUGCGCUGGAGUCUUGACCUACGCUGGCAGCGUCCAAGUGAUCCAGAUGGUCUCUGGGGCUUAAAGAAGCCCGUUUUGAUGAGGACAAAAGAUGAUCCGAACAUGGAAAUAGAUUGGACGGAAUUUGAUUCUGUUGACCGCCACUCGAAACAGAAGGAAUCAGUUGCCGAUAAUCCAGCACCAGCAGAAGAUCCCGAGUUUGACACGACAUUACCCGGUCCUUGGAUGAAGAAAUGGGAAAUUGUUCACAUGAAUAAACACACUGAACGACAUAGAAAAGAUGAGGAAAGAACAAGUGCCUAAACAAGUGCCAUAGUGUUAUACGAUCUCUCUGAUUUGAUUAACAUUGUAUUAAAUUACUGACCAACUA